AUGCUGAAAGAAAGUAUACAGGAAAUGGCCAAAACAUUGAGUGCAAUGCACAAGGCUGUUCCAGAGAUAUUUGACCAUGAAGAAACAGAAGCCAGAUAUACGACAAGACCACAUUCACAAAAACAAAGGGCAGCCAACAUCAGGACAGCAAAGAACGCAGGGCUAAAAAGGAUACUCAACACGCACAAGAACAACAAUGGAGUUUUGCCUGAGUCACAAAAUUCACAACUUGUAGCCAUGAGAGAGAAGAAUAAAAAUCUGAAGAUCCAGCUGGCAAAAGUGCAGGAGGAGCUGGAGAAAGAGAGAGAACUCUGCCGUGGUCUCCAAGAGGUCCUAUUGAAGAAGUUUGAUAUUGUGCCUUUGGCACCUUCAUGUCCAAGAUGUGCCCAGCAGGGGACACCACCAGGUUCAUCCACCUUCCUUAAUCUAAGAGCUGCGCUACAGAUCAUGGGGGAUGACCAGGAAGCGGGUCACGCAGAGAGCACUGUGAGAGCUCUAUGA